AUUAAUUCAGUAACCAAGUUUAGCACAUUAUGACAAUGCAGUUAUUGAGAGAUCAAGAGUAAAACUUAAAAAACAACUCAGAAAUAAAUUCUUCAAGAACGUUCUCACAACUCUCUACCUUCUUAACUCUGUUCUUUCUGCAGGCUGAAAAGAAAGCUAAGGUAAUUGCUGGAAUGAAUGCUGUGGAAGAAACACCACAGAGCGAGCCCCAGAAGGAGGAGGAAGCUAGCCCACCAGCCUCACAGCAGCCAACCGACCCUGCUUCUCCCAGUGUGGCUACUACCCCAGAGCCUGUGGGGCCUGAUGCUGUAGACAAGAGCAUAUCAAAGUCAGCUGAUGAUGAGCCAGAAUAUGAGGAUGGCCGGGGGUUUGGGAUCGGGGAGCUGGUGUGGGGAAAACUGCGUGGAUUCUCCUGGUGGCCAGGCCGCAUUGUUUCCUGGUGGAUGACUGGCAGGAGCCGGGCUGCUGAAGGUACCCGCUGGGUCAUGUGGUUCGGUGAUGGGAAGUUCUCUGUGGUCUGUGUGGAGAAACUCCUUCCACUCAGCUCCUUCGCUAACGCCUUUCACCAGCCCACAUAUAACAAGCAGCCCAUGUAUCGAAAGGCCAUCUAUGAAGUACUGCAGGUGGCCAGCAGCAGGUCAGGCAAGAUCUUUCCAUCCUGUCCAGAGAAUGAUGAAACAGACACAUCCAAAGCGGUGGAAAUCCAGAACAAACAGAUGAUUGAAUGGGCCUUAGGAGGGUUCCAGCCAUCUGGCCCAAAGGGAUUGGAGCCUCCUGAAGAGGAACGCAACCCCUACAAAGAAGUUUACAUGGACAUGUGGGGGGAACCAGAAGCUGCUGCCUAUGCCCCUCCUCCACCAGCCAAAAAACCAAGGAAAAGCACAGCUGAGAAGCCUAAGGUCAAGGAAAUCAUAGAUGAGCGCACCCGAGAACGUCUUGUUUAUGAGGUUCGACAGAAAUGCAGGAAUAUUGAAGAUAUCUGCAUUUCCUGCGGAAGCCUGAAUGUCACCCUGGAACACCCUCUCUUCAUUGGAGGAAUGUGCCAAAACUGCAAGAACUGCUUUUUGGAAUGCGCCUAUCAGUACGAUGAUGAUGGCUAUCAAUCAUAUUGCACCAUCUGCUGUGGUGGCCGUGAAGUCCUGAUGUGUGGGAACAACAACUGUUGCAGAUGCUUUUGUGUAGAAUGUGUGGACUUAUUGGUGGGUCCUGGGGCUGCUCAGGCAGCUAUCAAGGAGGAUCCCUGGAACUGCUACAUGUGUGGCCACAAGGGCAUCUAUGGCCUGCUCCGGCGACGAGAAGACUGGCCCUCACGCCUUCAGAUGUUUUUUGCCAACAAUCAUGAUCAAGAGUUUGAUCCACCAAAGGUUUACCCUCCAGUCAAUGCUGAAAAAAGAAAGCCCAUCCGGGUGCUGUCACUUUUUGAUGGCAUUGCCACAGGACUCCUUGUGCUAAAGGAUUUGGGCAUCCAGGUGGAUCGAUACAUAGCAUCUGAGGUGUGUGAAGAUUCUAUCACAGUUGGGAUGGUCCGACACCAGGGCAAGAUCAUGUAUGUUGGGGACGUCCGCAGUGUCACUCAGAAACAUAUUCAGGAAUGGGGCCCCUUUGACUUAGUGAUUGGAGGGAGCCCCUGCAAUGACCUCUCCAUUGUUAAUCCUGCCAGGAAAGGCCUUUAUGAGGGCACAGGGCGACUCUUCUUUGAAUUCUAUCGUCUCCUUCAUGAGGCCAGACCCAAGGAGGGAGAUGACCGACCUUUCUUCUGGCUGUUUGAAAAUGUGGUGGCCAUGGGCGUCAGUGACAAAAGGGACAUCUCUCGCUUCCUAGAGUCCAAUCCAGUGAUGAUCGAUGCCAAAGAAGUCUCUGCAGCCCACAGAGCCCGGUACUUCUGGGGAAACCUGCCUGGCAUGAACAGGCCUCUGGCUUCAACUGUGAAUGAUAAGUUGGAAUUGCAAGAGUGCCUGGAACAUGGCCGGAUAGCUAAGUUCAGCAAAGUACGAACCAUCACCACACGUUCCAAUUCCAUCAAGCAAGGCAAGGACCAGCAUUUCCCUGUCUUUAUGAAUGAGAAGGAAGACAUCCUGUGGUGCACCGAGAUGGAGAGAGUCUUUGGCUUUCCGGUCCACUACACGGAUGUGUCCAACAUGAGCCGCCUGGCAAGGCAGAGACUGCUGGGUCGUUCUUGGAGCGUGCCAGUGAUCCGCCAUCUCUUCGCCCCCUUAAAGGAGUACUUUGCCUGUGUUUAA